AUGUCUUGUUCUUUUGCCGAUCUUUUUUUCGGCUGGUGUCAGCGCAUCACAUCCCGUUAUCAACAACUUGUUGACUUCACUCGUGAUAUUGAGUUCUUCAAUAAGCACUCUGUAUUGUCAUACUUCACUGAGGAUUUGGGCUGGAACUCGUAUUGGUAUUAUUUGAAUAUGGACUAUGCUUUCUUCUUGGAUGGCAAAACAUUCGGUUUGAAUAAGGAUCGCCGUGGUGAAUGGUGGAUCUACAAUAUUCAGCAAUUGUUGGCUCGUUACUACAUGGAACGUUUGUCCCAUGGUAUUGGUAAAAUCCCAAAACCCUCUUGGUAUCAUGCUUUCGAACAAGGUUAUGAUCCAGAAUUGGUUUCGUAUAAUGGUGUUGGUUAUAGCUACCGCAAAAACUACUUCGAAAUCCAAACUGUCGGCAACUUCGACAUGUGGCAUCGAUUGCAAAGCAGCUACAGAAGUAUAUAUAGUACCCUCAAUUCCGGAGUCUACACCACACAGGACGGUCAGAAAAUCGAUCUGCGCCAACCGGAAUCUAUUGAAUACAUCGGAAACUAUGUGCAAAGCAAUGUCGAUAGCCCCGAUAAACACUUCUACAACUACUGGUACAUGCUGCACUAUAUGUACUUCGCCGACGUCAAAGAGAAUGAUUACGAAGUAAUCCCCAACGCUCUAUUGAACUUCGAAACCAUGAUGCGUGUUCCUUUCUCUCUCAGCAUGGCCACAUGUGGCACCGAAAUAUUAAAUAUUUUCAAAAAGCAUCUCCCUCCUUACACCGAAAAGGAAAUUGGUCUUACCGGCGUUGAAAUCAAAAAUGUCGAGGCUAGUGAACUGGUCACCUAUUUCGACAUGGUAGACAUUGAUGUUACCAACUUGAUGAAUGACAAAAUGGUAUUCGUUGAUGGUUCAUUCGUUUGGGAUAAAUCAUUGUACGCUCGUCAAAUGCGUCUCAACCACAAGCCAUUCCACUUUAACAUCACAGUGCAAUCUGACAAGCAACAAAAAGUUGUAAUUCGCUCAUUCUACGGUCCUAAGUACGAUGAGUACGGACGUCUUAUCUCACUGCAAGAGAACCGCGAGAACUUUGUUGAGUUGGAUGAAUUCGUUUAUGAGCUGACUGUUGGGGAAAAUGUAAUCAAACGCUCAUCCGAUGACUACCUCUGGACUGUGAAGGAUCGCACCACUUACACCGAACUGUAUCACUACGUUAUGGCUGCCUUCGAUGGCAAAUACGAAUUGCCAUUAGACAUUAGCGAACCACACUCUGGUUUCCCAGAUCGUCUUCUCUUACCUAAGGGUUGGGAGAGUGGAUUCCCUGUGCAAUUGUUCUUCCACAUUGCGCCCUACCAAGCAUCCGUCGAGCAAUACUCCAACUUCGACUCAAGCUACAGCAGCGGCAUUGGUUCCGGCACACGUUAUAUUGACAACAAACAAUUCGGUUAUCCAUUGGAUCGUCCCAUUGAUGAAUUCGAACUGCUCUCAAUGUCUAACAGCUACUUCAUGGAUGUGAGCAUUUACCACAACAACACCCUCAAGCAAUACUACGAGGAAUACGAGAACUUCGGUCAUUUCGACUACAACUUCUACAAUCAUUACUACACCAAAUACUUCCAAUAAAUCUAAGGCUCGAGUUGGCUGUGGCAGAAACUCAAUUUCGAAUUGGGUAUAUUUAAGUAAAAUAUGGAAAUCUUGUCAACCGAAACGCUGUGAUUAGAUUCCAAUACCUGUUUUAUUAGGGUAACACGUGUUUGAUUAGUUUUUUGUGUGUUAAUUAAGAAAAUGGAAAGAAA